CAUUGUGCCAUGGCAACCUCUCUGUACAAUAAAAGCUCAUCUGUUUAUGAAUGUUAGGCUGGAGCCGCAAAACAAGAUUACAAGGUGACGCGUCGUUUCCCAUUAACCAACAGUUUUGGCUGUAAGGGUGCCAGCCAUGUGCAAACGGAAAUAGUACUUGAAUGUGGGGGGAAGGGAGGCUCAAAUACUGAGAAGCAGGCUUCAUGGCUCAUCUGUCCGAUGGCAAACUGAGCACAGACACCACUGAGUUUGAGGUGUUGGAGAGCAGGACUAACUGGAGGGCCAACAGGUCCUCCUUAUACCCUCCUGCAGUGGACAACCCCUUCAUGCAGCAGACCCACUUCAGUGCCUGGCGCUGGGCCUGCACCAUCCUGCUGGGGACCGUGCUGGUGCCUGUGCGCGUGUCCUGCAUAGCCUUCCUCUUCGUGUUUCUGUGGCCUAUGGCCACGCUCACCACCAUCAACUUGCCUCUUCAACCUGUCAAACCCAUGGCGAGUUGGAGGAAACAUCUGAUGAAGCCGGCCCUCCUGUUCUUGUUCCGUAUGACGUUCUUUCUUGCCGGGUUCCUGGUUAAGGUGAAAGGCAAGAAGGCCAGCAGAGAGGAGGCCCCCAUCUUCGUCACGGCGCCACACUCCACCUUCUUUGACGCAGUCGCCGUGGUUGUGGCCGGGCUCCCUUCGGUGGUCUCUGCCAGUCAGAACGCACACAUCCCGCUGGCUGGGAAAUGCCUCCUGUCGACUCAGCCGGUGCUUGUGAAACGAGAAGACCCGAAUUCCAGAAAGACUACCCGGGAUGAAAUCCUGGCUCGAGUGACGUCGGAAAUGAAGUGGCCACAGGUUCUGAUUUUCCCGGAAGGGGUGUGCACCAACCGCUCCUGUCUCAUCACUUUUAAACUAGGAGCUUUCUCUCCGGGUGUCCCCGUGCAACCAGUGCUGCUCAGGUACCCCAACACAGUGGACACGGUGACCUGGACCUGGCAGGGGUUCACCAGCUUCCAGGCAUUUAUGCUAACGCUGAGUCAGCCCUUCACUAGAGUGGAAGUUGAAUUCAUGCCUGUUUAUAUCCCAAGCGAAGAGGAGAAGAGAAACCCUAUCCUGUUUGCCAACACGGUCCGCAUCAACAUGGCAAAUGCUUUGCAACUCCCUGUGACGGAUCACACCUUUGAAGAUUGCAGACUGAUGAUUUCCGCAGGCGCCCUGCAAUUACCCAUGGAAGCUGGCUUGGUGGAAUUCACAACCAUCAGUCAGAAAUUGAAAUUGGAUUGGGACAAUAUCCACAAGCACCUGGACAGAUAUGCUGAGAUUGCAGUCGCCUCAAAAGGAGGCAAGAUUGGAAUCGAAGAGUUUUCACGUUAUUUAAAACUCCCAAUUUCAGAGCCCCUGGAGCAGCUUUUCUCUCUCUUUGACAGGAAUCAAGACGGCACCAUAGACUUCCGGGAGUACGUGAUAGGCCUAACUGUCCUGUGCAACCCUUCCAACACGGAGAAGAUUUUGCAAAUGUCGUUUAAGCUGUUUGAUCUUGAUGAGGACGGCUACAUCACAGAACAAGAGUUAACAACGAUACUCCGGGCCGCUUUUGGAGUGCCAGACCUGGACGUUUCCACGCUCUUUCAGCAGAUGGCUGGCAAGGAUUCAGUUAGCGUUUCGUACACGACCUUUAGGAAGUUUGCCUUCAAGCACCCAGUGUAUGCCAAAUUAUUUAAUUCAUACCUAGACCUCCAGGCAGCCUACAUAUAUUCAACACUACGAGAAGUAAAAGCAUAGCCCACAGCACUCAACUGAAGGUUCAGACCAUCUUGGAAAAGGGGUGGGUGGGGGUAUUCUUAGGCAGAAACUAUGAACUAAAUAAAAAUUAUCAUUUGAGGAAAAAACUCAGUGGCUUUUACUCUAAGUGGCACAGAUACUGUCCCUGAAAAGCAACUCGGGGAAGAAAGGGUUUGUUUGACUUGCGUUCUGAUUACAGCCCAUCACAGAGGAAAAUCCGGCCAAGUGCUCCAGCCGGAGCAGAGAUGGGAACCGUGGAGGGGCGCUGCUUACCAACUUGUUCCUCGUGGUUCACUCAGCUUGAGUUCUUAUGCAACCCAGGACCGCUUGCCCAGGGAAGGCACCAUCCACAGUGGGCUGGCACCUCCCACAUGAGCCCGCAAUCCACAAAAUGUUCCACAGACCUGCCCACAGGCUGGCCUGAUGGAAAUAAUUCUUCAGUUGUGACUCUCUCUUCACAAAUGACCUCGAGUUUAUGUCAAGUUGACAGAACCAAUGCAGAGACUAAAUUAUAUUUAAAAUAUAUUUGAGGAAUUAUUUCAAUUAGACAACACUAUUUUUUUCCCCCUUAAAAUGUUUGUUGGGCACAUGGUACAUGCCUGUAGUCCCAUCAACACAGAAGUUAGAGGCAAGAGCACAGCUUUGCAACCUAGCAAAUAGACUCGGAUUUUAAAAAAGAUUUAUAGCUUGCUUGCCCCCGGGGUUUUCCUUUAAAUUGAUAAUAAACGGUCCUCA